GUUUCUUUUUUCGCGCCUUCAUUUCUCUUCCUGGUUCGCUUCGAGCGAAAGAUGGCGGAUGGUUGUGGGAGGGCGGCAUGGACGGUGACGUUGCUUCUUGCGCUUAUCGGCUCUAGUGGAUGCCUCGGAGAAGCGGCCCGGAGUCUCCGGAGCGAGUUGGCGGGAGGCCCGGCAGAAGUCAGUUUCGAGGAGAAGAGAGCGCUGGGCUGGCAAAACAUCUCGCUCUUGCACCCGCACGCCGUGGACAACCCAGAGCUUGUCGCUGCAGAAGUGUACAGGGUCAUGGAAAACGGCACGAGGAGAAGGUCUCUGGGCUACCUCUCCUGCGGCACGGGCAAUCCCAUCGACGACUGCUGGCGUUGCGACCCUAACUGGGCCAACAACCGCCAGAGGCUCGCCGACUGCGGCAUCGGGUUUGGUAGCAAAGCCAUUGGUGGCCGUGACGGCCGCAUCUACGUCGUGACCGACUCUUCCGACGAUGACCCCGUGAACCCGAGGCCGGGGACCCUUCGCUACGCCGUCAUCCAGGACGAGCCACUCUGGAUCGUGUUCAAGCGCGACAUGGUCAUCGUCCUCAAGGAGGAGCUCAUCAUGAACAGCUACAAGACCAUCGACGGCCGCGGGGCAAACGUCCACAUCUCCAACGGCGCGUGCAUUACCGUUCAGUACGUGACCAACAUCAUCAUCCACGGCAUACACAUCCACGACUGCAAGCCGACAGGCAACGCCAUGGUCAGGAGCACGCCUAGACACUAUGGUUGGAGGACCAUGGCCGAUGGAGACGGGGUCUCCAUAUUCGGGUCCAGCCACAUCUGGGUAGAUCACUGCUCCUUCUCUAAUUGCGCCGACGGGCUUGUCGACGCCGUGAUUGCAUCGACCGCCAUUACCAUUUCGAACAAUUACUUCACCCACCAUGACAAGGUGAUGCUGUUGGGUCACAGUGAUAGUUACGAGAAUGACAAAGCUAUGCAGGUAACCAUCGUCCUCAACCACUUUGGAGAAGGGCUAGUCCAGAGGAUACCCAGGUGCAGGCAUGGUUACUUUCAUGUGGUGAACAAUGAUUACACACACUGGGAGAUGUACGCUAUUGGGGGAAGCGCGUCCCCCACAAUCAACAGCCAGGGAAACCGGUACCUGGCCCCAGAUAACCCCUUCGCCAAGGAGGUAACAAAGCGAGUGGACACACCGGACAGUGCAUGGAAAGACUGGCAUUGGAGAUCGGAAGGCGACCUGAUGCUGAACGGAGCCUUCUUCGUACCCUCGGGAUCAGGUGCAUCCAACAGCUAUGCCAAAGCAUCUAGCCUCGGGGCCAAAUCGUCGUCCAUGGUUCCUUCCAUGACCGCCAAUGCUGGCGUUCUGAACUGCAGGGCAGGGGCCGUAUGUUAGCCCCCCAUGAUCAUCAUCACUCAUGUAGCAUAGACAUAGUGAUGCUUAUUGUGUUCUUUCCAACCUCGGCCUGCUUAUUUCUUCAUUUUUAAGCUCUCAGCUGCAGGUGCAGAAGCGUUGUGGUUCAUCCUUCCCGCUUCCGUUUUUCUCAUGGGUGGUCGGCAGGAGUUGAUAAGUAGGAUGGUUUUCUUUUUUACAUUUUUUUGUUUAGUCCUUUUCUCUGAAGAAAGGCUAGAAUCAGGUUUUAGUUGGAGAUGCAGAUUUGUUGUAGCUGCCUCAUCUCUGUCGUUCGAGCAGCCUUAAUUUGUGGUUAGAGUGAAGAGUGUGCUCAAUUUGCAUAAGAAAGCGUUUUGUUAUUUCAGGGGAUGAUAUCUCUAGUGUCUAAAGAAGUGCCGUUUUGUUUCUACUGUCAGAAAGUUCCACCUUGCAAACAGAAAUUGCCUCUUCUUUGCUGA